AGAUAAAUUCCUGACGACUAGACUAGUGAGUGCUUGGAAAUAGACUGACUGGAAAGAACAUGCGCGAGCAAAGUUUCUCUCACCUAGCGCCUACGCAUCCAUGCUAGUGUGAGCAUCCGCGCUCGAUCGUUUGGCGUUGCGUCAACCUUGGUCAUUCUAUCCCACUCGUUUCAAAGCGGAAGCUAGCAAGGGUGGCAGCUCGCAACUGGCUGCAGGCGUUGAAGCUAAAAGAGUCAAGGCUACUCCAUCUUUGUGAAAGGGGAUCGGCAAUCCGGCUGGAGGUGCUGCAUAGCUGAGAAAGGAUUUGCGCAUCGUCGCCGUUGGUUUGGAUUUUUCUUAUGGCUCACUCUUGGCAUUUUUGAUUAUUGUCAGUCAGUCUUUCUGUUUGUCCGUCUGUCUGAGACGGGCCACAGCUACCGCUAUUAUAGACGUAGCGCCUAUAAUAUUGGUUGGCUACUGAUGAAUCAAUCUGAUUAGUAGCCAAGUCAUACCUUUCAACUAAUUGGGUAAGUCAAUUAAUGCCAAUAAGUGCACUAUUAUUAGUUACAGCUUUGGUAUACAAGCAACUGCUUGUAUACCAAAAUUUUCGGAAAUGAAUGCAAUAAAUAUGAGCGGGGGCAUUGUUAUCAAACUCCAGCACUCGACUAAAAACGCCACUCCUUCGGGAUAGCGGUCAACUAAUGACGAAGAUCCUAAAACUUCCUUGAUGGUGGUUAAUUAAUGGCUAGGGUUUUGUCAAAGGAAGUUCCUUUGGCGAAGUUUGUUUCAGAAAGUUUCUGAAAGGAAAGAGUGAAAGUCUCACUCUUUCACUCUUUCAAUGCGUGAGUUUUCUUAUCCCUCAUUCUUCUUCAAGAGUCUUGGGCUCAUUCAGUAACUCUCUCUGGUCAUGCUUAGACUAAGGCGCUUUCUCCUUAAAAUGCAACAAAAGUGGGCCAUGGUCUAAGUAAUAGAAGCGCUAACAAACUUGAGCGGAGUUGCAGGCCAGGAAGACAGGCGCACACUUCUGAAGAGUUAAAGGAGAAGCAGGAGGCUAACGUAGCUGCAGCGCGAGGGGAGUACCCAAGAAAGCAGGCGAGAAGAGUUAAGCUUCUUACUUUUGAAUGCGCUGAGCCAGCAAGCCAGGCUGCUAUCAACCAUCUACUUCAGCGUAACUAUCUACCUACUCACCUAGCUAGCUAGACUAGAGAAAACACCGAAGAAGUAACUUAUUACUACAAGAAGAAACUGACGCCCAAGGUAUUUACUCUCCCCGUCAGAAGAAGAAGCAUCUAGCGACCCACCUCGUAGUAGAGCUCCGUCGCGUCUAUUCUAACCAGCACUAAGAGGGGGCGGCUGUGGACUCGAGCUGGAAAGAGCGCGCUGAACCUUAUGGCCGCGGCAGUGGGUGUAAUUCUAAUUCUGUGGGUUAGUUUAUGAUUAGAAAGUGGAUCCGUCCAGCCUUGACUGAAAGAAUAUAGGCCAGAAGUUGGGACGCAAAUGCCACGCAAUUAAUUACAAAGACAGGGGCCCGCUAACAGUGGGGCGCGGCUACGUGGUUUGGCCUCUGUCACCAUACAGGGGAAGGGGGUGAUAACCUUUGGGAACUACUCUGCUCCAUUUAUGAAUCUAUCGCCCUCAGCAGGCUGCUAGGUGCAAAGGCUUGCUUGUUGCGGGGCAGUAGGUAAGUGACUCAGUAGCUGGUGGGUAGUAUGCUAACUCAUUCAGUGGCGCCCUAAUGUGCGGCACCUCUUGGGGCUGAGCGCGAUCCAAGUGGUGCGUAUGCUUAGAGGGUGACCCUGACCCGUCUACUGUAGGCGCGCUAUGUAGGUAGCUUCAGCUUGUUACAGCGCCCUUUUUUAUAGCAAGGGUGGAGCUUGCUAUAAAAGAAAAGUCGCCGUCUGACGAUCAAACUCAAACAAAGAAGGGAAGAGCCUAGCGGCUUCCCUUUCAGGUCUAUCGGGUAGAAAAGUCUAGAAUCUAUCGACCUUCAUUGUGUAUCAGUGAAUCUUCCCGAAUACAUAGGAUCCCCGAUCUGUCACCUCUUUCUUGUGAGUGACAGACUGAGGCGCUUGAAUGACUGCACUCCAAUGGGUCAGCAGGUCUAUCAGUAUAUGGGCUCAGUUCUCUUCAGGUCUAUCAAUUUGAAUGUGCUGAAUUUAAAUCAAAAAGUAGAGAAAGGGGGACAGAAUAAAACUCGCAAGGAAUGAGGCCCAGCGAAUGAAGAAGCUCAGCAAAUCCAUAUAGGUGAAAUGUACUACGUAGAAGGGUAGAAUACAAUAGCCAAGGUCGAAGAAUGGCGAGAGAUCGCGAAUCAUGAACUAUGGUGGGCUCGUGGUACGCGUAAAAUAAAGGUCCAGGGAGGUCCUCUCCCUCUCUUGCUAUCACUUUCGUCGGCUCUCUAAUUUACUGAAAUACCCGGCCGAAGAAGCGAUGGCGUUCCAGAUCUUGAACUUGGAGGAGGCUCUGGCGUUCUUGGCUGUCUGUUUUGAUUAAGAAAGGCUGGCCCGUGCGGCGCUACUUAUCAAUCUUCUGGCCCGUAUCCUUGAAGCUUGCAAGGAGCUUCACUAAGGACGAGCAGCGAGGUCGAUCACUUAGUGUUAAUCCAUUGCAGGAGUUGGCCAGUUUUUCGCUUAUUUCCUAAAUAUAUUAUAUUUUUCUAAUUAUCUAAAUAUAUAUUAAUUAUAUUUUUCUAACUAUGAAAAAAAUAAAAUGCAUGAGUGACUGAGUGAGUGACUGAGUAAGUUAGUAGAUUAAUAUGAAUAUAAACAAGCAAGGAAGAAGCAUAGACAUAGAAGGAAAGAACUUGCUCGAUGUUUAUACUAUACUCAUCCGUCGCAUUUAUUAACUUACACAGCCGGCUGGGCAAAGAAUGAAAUGGCUCAGGUUACGAACAGCAUCGCGCCACCAAAUCCGGGUAAGAAAUUGAAUAUAAAUUAAAUAAAAACUGCAUGAAACCACAUCUUUUCUCUACUUUGGAAGUGACCACUCUCCCUUGCUUAUGCUCGGGCUGAACUGGAGGAAGGCGGGAGCGUCCCAGACAACACCUUGACAGUGGCCUUUUUUUGCAUGUCUUUGUGGUGUUGGUUUGGGUUUAGUCGCUAGUUAACUUGUGUCACCAAUGAUUGAGUUUUUCCUUCAAACUAGAUGAGUAACACGGCAGUCAUUUAUUGCAACAAUCAAACACUUCUUCAAACCUUUCUCCCAACCAAGUACUUAGACUGGUCGUGGCAGCAUCAACUAGCACAUC